UAAGAAAUUUUCAAAUAAUGAAUUAAGAUAAUUGCAUAACAUUUAUAUUUAUAUUCAUAAGCAUGUCAUUCAUGCACCUGCCGGACGAGUCGUUGACGACAAGAUGGUUAAGGCGUUCGGCCGAGAUGACUUACUUUAAUCUGCCAUGCCCUCGGACUUGGUCAGACAGUUGAACUGCGCCCGAUGGAAACUCAGACCACAAGAACCCACUUUAUUUGAUUUUGAGUCCUGAGGAAAAUCGUUGAACUCAUGGAUGUGGUGCCAGUUGUAGAAGCAUUCGCGAUGAACAUUGAAGCAGGGUUAUGGCAGGCUUUUCAAGAGGUGUUUCCCCGGUCGAAACUUCAUGGCUGUGUGUUUCAUUGGGCACAAGCAAUCCAGCGACGAGUCCAGGCAGUCUGGUUGCAUGCAACGUAUGAGCGACGGGAAGGUGAUCAUCAGUAUGUUAGGAAGCUCCUUGCCCUCCCUUUCCUGGCGCUUGGAGAUAUUCCACAGGCUUUUCGGAAGCUUAAGGACUGCUCGGAUGGCAGUUCUGAGCAGCUCCGGGAGCUGUUUCAUUAUGUGAGCGACCAGUGGAUAGAUAAUUCAAUGUGGUCACCUGACGAGUGGUCCGUGUACCGAAAAAACGUCAGGACAAACAACGAUACUGAAGGAUGGCACCUACGCAUGAAUGCACGAGCGGGGAGGGGUAAACUGAAAUUCUACGUCUUGCUGGGACUACGGCAAAGGAGGCAAAGCUAGUACCACUGCAGCCCCAGCUGGUGGGAGAGGGGGUAGGGAGAAAUAGGCGGGAGGUGUAUUCGGAUAUGGAUACGCCCAUAAAUAAGCUGUGGGAAAAGUAUGAUGCGCAUGACAUCUUGUGCGAGGACUUCCUAAGGGAGAUCGGGGAAAUUUAUGGGUAGUCUGUGACCAAAAAAAUGAACAGGAGUUUUGAGAUAUUCAGUGCAAAUAUGUAAUUAAGUUU